UCAGAAAGCUUGAAUACCUUGAUGAAUGUGUUUGUUUUUUAUGCCCUUGUUUUCUUUCUGCAUGCAUUUUGUAAUUUCUGUCAUUCAUGGCUCAUUUGUAAAAUAUACAUUGGACUCUAUGACGGAUAAAAUAAUGGUUAAAUUAAAAUAAAUAACUAAAUGUCUUCGAGCAGGAAAGAAAAUCGAGCCCAGUCAUAAGUCAGUGGUACAGACUGACGGAGCAUUGAUUUGAAGACAUGGCGGACGACAAGGACCCCUUGAGACCACUGAAGGACCUGGCAGAGCUCAAGGACCAGCUAGAGGACAUUCAGCGGCGUGUGGAGAAGGAAGUACAGGCUGGGAUCCCACAGGGUGGCAGUGUGCUGGCCUCUCCUUUCCUUAAGGGCUUCAUGGCAGGAUAUAUUGUGUCUAGGCUGCGAUCCUCUGCGGUUUUGGGUGUGAUCCUUGGGACUUGCACAGGCAUCUUUGCAGCUCAAAAUUUUGGUGUGCCCAACAUCGAGCAAACCCUGAAAGACUUUUUCAACACUCUAAAAGGACCCGGCAAAUAGCAGCCCUGGUUCUGGGGGAGAAGAUGGGUCACUGAACCAAAAAAACUGCCCCCUAAAAAAGAUCCAUUGAACUACUCCACUCCACAGCCUUCAGUUUUAGAUUGCACAAUGGUACUGAAUUCAGAAAAAUUAUGUUUUGUUUGUGUGGAGAAAUUUAGGAAAAACCAAUAUGGUUGCUUGAAUUAUGCAUCACGUCUUUACAAUCAUCUCUUGCAAUGUGUGCAAUACUCCUCAGGGGCUUAUGUAUUUUUUAUAUAUAUAUUAACUGGAAAGAUAAUAUUCUUGUUUUAUGCAAUGGGGAUUUUACUGAUGGAAGUGGGUGCUUUAUAGGGGGAGAUUUUCUUUGCCUCAGGACAGCUUUCAAUUUGGUCUUGCUUGUAGAUUAACCAUCCAACCCUUGUUAUACCCAAAUUAUAUUUACAACAUACUGUAGUACCCAUAUGUUAAACAUGACCAUGAGAAUAUUAUGUUAAUAUCUACAGAUCUGUCCCUAGCACGUUCUCUGCCUAUGUUCUGACUUUUAGGUCACUGUAAACCUGUAUUGACCUGUUCCUAGUAGACCAGUGUUUUUUGUGUCUGGUUGAUAGUUCUGUACACUGAGUACAUCACAAUGCAGUCUAUAUAAUGGUGCACAGUGACCUCUGCAGGGGAACUAUCGACCUGCAGUUUGCAUCCAUAUCGGUCAGGUGGUCCUGCCAGGAGUUCCUGUGAUUUAGCAAAGUAAAUCCAUAUACCAACUGAUAUAACCCUGGACAUCUGGCUCAAGCAUUGCAAUUCUAUUAAUGUUCAGUACUGCCUUCUCAGCCAGAACAAACUACAUGGGAUAAGUUUCUGAUUUACCACAAUACUUGUUUACUAGGCCCAAUCUUGAGCCAUGCACUAUUAGGUUAAUGAUAUUGUCCUCAGAGUGGGUUGUAGUCUCCUAGCUUCUAGGACCCCCAGCUGUUCCAUGUAUUUUAAAUAUUCCACAGCUAGCACACCUGGUUCAACUAAUCAUCAAACCAUUGAAUAGGGGAAUCAGAAUCAGGCCAUUUCAGAGCUAAAACUAAACUUUAAAAAUGCCAGAGGAGAGAUUUGAAAACCACUGCCAUUGUCAUCAGACUGACAGAUGUUGGAGAGCCUAAUAGAAUGAGAUGCUCACAGUUAUUCAUGUUCUCAGCACUAACAUGCAAUCUAUAUCGGUUUCAUCUCACAGUGACAUGAGAAAUCACCAAUAGCAGAGCAUUUAUAAUUGGUUUUCAAUACAUGAGGUAUGCUAUGUCAGUGAUGUCUGUUCUUGUUGUGACAAAAUGUAGCUGCACAUUUUCUUUUGCUUUGGUGUGUACACUUGAAAUGGUAUGACAUUUCAUUUAUAUGGCAGCCCUUGAAAUAAAGUGUUUCAUUUCAGUGGCA